CAACAUUAUGAUGAAUUUAAGAGCUAAAAAUACUUGAUUCCAUACACACACAUCAUAAUAGGCUGUCCGCAAAUAAAUAAUAAAUUAAUAAUAUCAAAUAAGUAUAUCCCGAGAAAAACGCAGAAAAUACUCUCUCUCUCUCACUCCCACUCUCAGUCACACAGACACAGACACAGACACAGUAAGCAGCGGGGAGCGAGGAGCGAGGAGCGAAGGAGCUUUGUGUUAGAGCACGAAAAACGGCGGCGUUCAACGCCGUCGUCACCAAGAUACCUAUAAAUACUCCUCUUUUCCAACGCCCCACGUUUCCCUUUCCCCAACCGGAUUUCAUUCUGCCCAACAUUCCUUGGAAUCAGAGACCUCUCUCUCUCUCUUUAGAAUUAACUCCAGUCUUUUUAUACUUCUUGCUUCAUGCGGCGGCAAUGGAUCCGCCAAUAGGGUUGUAGCAUCUGAAUAAUUUCUUCAAAAAAACCGGACAUUUUGUUUAUUGUUUUGCCAUUUUUGUUUAAUUUAAGAAAAAAUGAAGCAAAAGGGAGAGGCUAUUCGUUCGCGGAGGCUGCUGAACUACGCGUUAAUGGGGUUAUUAGUGUUUCUGGGAUUGGUUUGCCUGUACUACGGCUCAAGGUCUUCCGGUGGUCUGCCACGCGGCGACGACUCAUUCGACGACGCCGGCGUCGAUCCCGUCACCGGGAGAUUUGUGGUGAAGAAGGAUUUCGAUGAAUUGUUUGACGAUGAAGAGCGCAAUCCCGAGGUCCCGACGAGCAUUCCGGUUUGUGAUUUGAGAUACUCGGAGCUGAUUCCGUGUUUGGAUAGGAAUUUGAUCUACCAACUGAGGCUGAAGGUUAAUAUGAGCUUGAUGGAGCACUACGAGAGGCAUUGUCCGCCGCCGGAGCGCCGCUUCAAUUGCCGGAUUCCUCCGCCUGUUGGCUACAAGAUCCCAAUUAGAUGGCCCAUGAGUAGGGAUCAUGUUUGGAAGGCCAACAUACCCCACACACAUCUUGCAAAAGAAAAAUCGGACCAGAAUUGGAUGGUCGUGGAUGGGGAGAAGAUCAAGUUCCCUGGUGGAGGAACUCAUUUUCAUUAUGGAGCAGACAAAUACAUCGCGGCUAUUGCAGGGAUGCUGAAGUUUCCUGGUGAAAGGCUCGAUAAUGGUGGCCAUAUCCGGAAUGUUCUUGAUGUGGGAUGUGGGGUUGCGAGUUUUGGCGCAUAUCUCCUCCCAUUGAACAUCAUAGCCAUGUCCCUAGCUCCUAAUGAUGUUCACGAGAAUCAAAUACAGUUCGCGCUGGAGAGGGGCAUUCCUGCAACUUUAGGUGUUUUGGGCACCAAAAGACUACCUUACCCUAGUAGGUCCUUUGAGUUGGCUCAUUGCUCCCGUUGCCGGAUAGAUUGGCUCCAGAGGGACGGCAUGCUUUUGUUGGAAUUGGACAGAUUGCUGAGGCCGGGAGGCUAUUUUGUCUACUCCUCGCCAGAAGCUUAUGCGCAUGAUGUGGAGAAUCGAAGAAUUUGGAAUUCUAUGCAUGACCUUCUGGGAAGAAUGUGUUGGAGAGUUGUUGCAAGGAAAGAUCAAACGGUGAUAUGGGCUAAGCCUCCAAGUAAUAAUUGCUAUACGAGAAGAACUCGUGGAACUCUCCCACAACUGUGUAGUUCGAAUGAUGAUCCAGAUGCAGCAUGGAAUGUGCCCAUGAAGGCAUGCAUCACUCCCUAUUCAGCAAAAAUGCAUCAAACGAAGGGAACUUUUCUAGAACCUUGGCCUUGGAGGCUUACAUCUGCAUCGCCACGAUUGGAAGAAAUCGGUAUAAGUGCUGAGGCAUUUCGGAAAGAUACAGAUGUGUGGCAUAACAGAGUAACUGAGUAUUGGAAACAGAUGAAAUCUGUCAUGCAGCGGAACUCAAUAAGAAAUGUCAUGGACAUGAACUCGAACCUCGGAGGUUUUGCUGCAGCUCUUAAAGACAAGGAAGUUUGGGUCAUGAAUGUUGCUCCAGUAAACGCGUCAGCCAAGUUGAAGAUAAUCUAUGAUCGAGGCUUGAUUGGAUCAGUUCAUGACUGGUGUGAGUCAUUUUCAACUUAUCCGCGCACCUACGACUUGCUUCACGCCUGGUCCAUCUUCUCAGAGAUUCAGGAGAGGGGUUGCAGCUCCGAGGAUUUGUUGAUCGAAAUGGACCGGAUGCUAAGGCCCGAUGGCUUCAUCAUCAUCAGGGACAAACCUUCAGUGAUAAAUCAUGUGCAUAAAUUCUUGGCUUCUUUGAAGUGGGACAGAUGGUCCUCGGAGGUCGAGCCUAGCAGCGACACUCUCUCCACGAGUGAGGAACGCGUUCUGAUAGCAAGAAAACAACUGUGGGAGGAGACUCAGAAGGUGUAAAUUUCACCCUAUCAGCGCUGUAAAUUCCUUGCUUUCAGAGAUCUCUGUUUCACUGACUCCAUGGCGAAAAAGUAAAUGCCUUUUGUAAUGAAAUGUUUAGAUCAUCCAAGUCUGUUGAAGGCCUGAUUUACAUUUGUCUUGCUAUGAACUUAACAUACGCAGAUACAGUUUUCUUCCUAUAUUCUGUUUGGGGCGGUGGGGGCAUUGGAGCGGUAAAACGAGAAUAGCCCAACUCUAAAAGGGUUGAGUUAUAAAUUUUGUAAGGUCUAUCUAGUUGACAUCUUGUUUUAACCUUUCAUUAACCUAAUAAUAUAACAUCUCUCUCUCUCUCUCU